UUGUCCUUUCACAUGGUUUCCUUUUCCCUCAAACACUUGCUUUGAUUGAAGGCAAUAAGUGCAUCAUCAACAGUGCAAAUGCAGUGAUCUAAGAAGAAGAAGAAGGCACCCCAGCACGAAGAGGUUGUGUGUUAUGGUCUAAAAGCUAAAAUUAUGGUGCAUGUAGAAAUUCAUGUACACACACACUUGCACUUGUAAGGUGCCAGCUUGCAAAACUUGGCAGCUGCCUUUUGAGUAUAGCCCCAUCUUCACGUGAUCUGUUCCAACCCCCUUUUGUUUGCUUCUCCUCGUUACAAUUCCUAUAUAUCACCCUCAGCUAUUCAUUCUUUACUAUACUACUCUUCAACCAUAGCCACCAUAACCAUAACCAAAAGCAUGGAGUCCUCAAAGAUCUAUGCUUACCUCUUCAUUUGCAUGCUCUUCAUCUCCUCUGUUACGCCCAUUCUUGGUUGUGGUUAUUGUGGAAAACCCACUAAGCACAAGCCUGGUAAAAAACCAAAGACACCUACAACACCAAAGACACCUUCAGUACCACCCAGAACACCUUUAUUGCCACCCAUUAUUGUGAAGCCACCACCAGUGACUUUGCCUCCUAUUACUGUGCCUCCCAUUGUGAAGCCACCAGUGACUGUGCCUCCCAUUGUGAAGCCACCUAUUACACUUCCACCAAUUCCACUCCCUCCAGUGACAGUUCCUCCAAUUCUUAACCCACCAAGUACACCAGGAAAGGGAGGGAAUAGUCCAUGCCCACCACCCCAAUCACCUGCACAGGCUACAUGCCCCAUUGACACACUCAAGUUAGGUGCUUGUGUGGAUCUGCUUGGUGGGUUGGUUCACAUUGGUGUUGGAGACCCAGUUGCCAACCAGUGCUGUCCUGUGCUUCAAGGGCUUGUUGAGCUUGAAGCUGCUGUGUGUCUUUGCACCACUCUUAAGCUCAAGCUUCUCAACCUCAACAUUUAUGUCCCACUUGCUCUUCAGCUCCUUGUGGCUUGUGGCAAGAGUCCUCCUCCUGGCUACACUUGCUCCCUCUAAACCAGUGCAUGGAUUGAGGAAUAUAUGGUCAAAAUCGACAUGAGAGGAUGUCGAGCCAUUCUAUCUCUCUUCUCUUUUAUUGGAAUUGUUGUUGUUCGUUUUGCUAUUGAUUGUAAAACCAUUUGUUUUUCAUUGAGAUUGUAACAUGUAUGUUUUAAUCCUAGGCAAUCAGUACCAGCAAAGAUGCUUCUCUACGACAUUUUGAAAUAUUUAUAUGAUUUGCGCUUUGU